AUGGGCAAUCGCCACCCCAGCAGUCGACGAGCCUCGUCUGUACACCGCGAAGAUCUAGAGGAGGCCGCUCCGAAUUUGCUGGAUCGCACUGGAUCGCAAGAAUUCAGCCUUGUUGAGAGCGUGGCUGUCCAGGAAGUCCCGUCCGAAGACGAAACACCUGAUGUAGCUCCAGCGACAUGGCCCCGGUCCGUGAGGUAUCUGCUCUUCCUCUGUGCCUUCCUGACCAGUCUGAGCUUUGGAGUGACCCAAGUACCGCUGUUAUAUGUCUUCAGGCUCAUGACUUGCGAUGCUUACUAUAAAGAUCACCCUUCUGGAGUUUUGCACGGAGUUGGACGCUCAUCCACAACAGGAUCGUGGGCCGCGAUGCUCUCCGCGGCACUGGCACCAUCGGUUUACCCGACGACUGCAAACAUUGGAGACGUGGCUGAUCGAUGUUCUAUCCAUCCAAUUGAAAGCGCGACAGCUUUAUCGGUGUCUUUGCUGGGUGCUAGCACCACCGUUUUCGGGACUCUAAACCUCUUUCUGACGGGCAGUUUGAUCAAGCGCAUCGGAGUCAAGCCAACACUGAUGACUCAGGUGUUCUUUCCCGCCCUCAGGUUGGUGAUCCAAAAUGUGGGCGUCGAAGUCUGGGGCACCGCAGGCAUCAUCAUCAUCCAGUGCUCCCAGAUUGUCACCAUCUUUGGCGGACCCAGCGGGUACCUGCUAGCACUCAAUACCUUUAUUACGGACGUUGUGGAGCACGAAGGCCGAACAGCAGCUUUGGGUAGACUGACUGGAAGUAUGAUGUUUGGCUCUGCCUUGGGUUUCUUGUUGGGUGGUGUUGUGGCCGAAGCCUUCGAUAUCAAGGCCCCCUUCCGUUUGACCUUAAUCCUGUUCCUGACUUCCUGCGCUUACGUUUUUGUCUUCCUGCCGCACAUCCCACCCCAGCCGAAAGAGGACGAUGCGAAUUCGAUGAAGAUCAAGAAGACGAAGGUAACUUCAGCCAUUACCAAGUUCUUCGACCCCCUGAUGGUGUUUGCGCCUCGAAAAUUUAUCCUAAGAGACGGUGUUGUCAGAACAGAGUACGGUGCAUUCCUGCUUGCCUGGGGGGUAUUUCUCGGUAUUCUAGCCACAGGGUACUUGCCAACUUUGCUACAACUUUAUUCAACAGACGUCUUUGAUUUUGGCACACAGCAGAAUGGUGGCCUGAUUUUUAUGUACUCUAUGCUGAGGGGUGUUUUCUUGACAUUUGCGUUCCCGAAGUUGAUUACCAUCGGGAGGAAGUGGACAGUGAAGAAAGAGCAGCAUAUCACAAAUUCCGAAGAGGUUAGACCGUCAGAGCGUGCGUCACUUUUAGCAGAUCCCCGAGAUCGGGCGGCUGCCGACAAUACCCACAGAUCAAACGACAAGGAGCUCCAGAAGGAGCAAACCUUUGCUUUCGACUUGACAUACACCAGAUUUUCGCUGGUUGCUGAUGGAUUUCUAACAUUGCUUUGUUCCUUUGUUCAUCGAGGUUGGCAGAUGUAUCUUGUUGCGAUUGUUCUACCUUUCGCUGCUGGAACUGGUUCGGCGGCAAAAGGGACAGUUCUUCAAAUGGUGGGAAGUUCUGCUACCAGCGGUGAGAGAACUGACGCUCUCGCCGGAGUAUCUCUGGUCGAAAACAUGGCUCGACUGUCAACGACGUUUGUGUUUGGUGUCAUUUUUGCGGCGUUUGCGAGCAUCGGAAGAACCGAGCUUGUUUUCACCUGCAAUGCGGCUGUCGCGUUGAUAGGGUUCGGAGUAUUGCUAUUCGCUCGCUUUCCGCCAGAAGGAAGUCGCAGGCUUGACCAAAAAGGUGUCGGAAAUCCUGCGUCUUGA